AUGUGCGAUACUUGCUCUCUAUUUAAUAGUAGAAUGAGAUCUUUGAAGAGAGAUUUGGUUGGAAAGGUUGCUAUUGUGACUGGUGCAAGAAUCAAGAUUGGUUUUGAGACUGCUCGUGCUCUUUUGAAAAAUGGAGCUACUGUUAUUGCUACUUCCAGGUUUACUCAUGAUGCCUAUGAAAAGUAUGCAGAAUGUGAUGACUUUGAGGAUUGGCAAUCUCGCCUCUUUAUUUAUCCAUUGAACUUGAAAGAUGGUGAUUCAAUUCUUUCAUUCUGUGCCUAUGUAAAGAAUAAUUUUUCUAAAAUUGACAUUCUCAUUAACAAUGCUGCUCAAACUGUGAGAAGACCACUCAAGUAUUAUGAAAAAUUAUUGGAGAAAGAAAAGAGUAACUUAUCAGAAACUCAUCUUGGAGAAAUCAAAACCAAUGACUCUACCGAGUUGGUUCUCAAGAAUGAAAAUAAGAAAAUUGUAAUUUACAGUGACGAAUUAUCAAUCAAGAACCACUGUCUCAAUAUUACAGAACAUUACAGUUUAACUAAGGAAGAUUUUGAUUCCAACCUCCAUAGCAUGUUUCCUGAGGGAGAAACUGAUCAAUUUGGUGAACAAAAAGAUAAUAGAACCCACCACUCUUGGACAUACUUACUUCCAGAAAUUGAUGCUAUUGAACUAUUGGAAACUACAAUGAUUAACAAUAUUGCACCAACAAUUAUUGUCUCUCAACUAAUGGACAUUAUGAAACCUAAAGUGGAAGAUCUAGAAAAUGUAACUGCUGAAGACAUUUUGACUGGCAAAAACUCAUCCUACAUUAUCAAUGUUGUUUCACAUGAAGGUAUUUUCAAUAUUGAUGGUAAAACAGAUGGUCACGUCCACACCAACAUGUCCAAAGCUGCUCUCAACAUGCUCACCAGAAGUGCCUCAAACUACUAUGCCAAGAAUGGAAUCUUGAUGAAUUCAUGUGAUACUGGUUGGAUUUCAUCUGCAAUCAAAACCUUUAUGAAACCACCUCUCACUGUAAAGGAUGGUGCCUAUAGAAUUUUAUAUCCUAUUCUCACUUGUUCAUUAGAUUAUGGCAAGUUGUAUAAGAAUUAUCAUGAAUCCAAGUGGUAG